AUGAGGAAAUCGAAUCCUAGGGGCCUUCCUGCGAAAAAGGAUAAAAAUAACAUAACAAGUGCAGGAGUGUCGUCUCUGGGGCUGGAUAACAGCACAAGGACUAGUAUUCAUGACAAUCCAAUUGCUGGGAAUCCUACUAUCCCAACUAACUUGCAUUCCCUUUCGGCCAUUAUCGAUGAUGCUAGUUGUGUUUCUGAAGCUGAGUGGGUGUCUCAGAUUGUUUAUGCCACGAAGCAAAGAAUUGGGAGGAUACCAAGAGGUGGAUGGAACCUUAUCCGUGAGAAGUUUAAUUCAAAAUUCUCGAAGAGUGCAAGUCUCAGUCAACUCAAAGGAAUGGUUAAACCAAUGAGAGUGGAUAAUAAUUAUAGAAGCAAUUGCCAUCAGAAGCAAUUUCUUGAGAGCUCAGAAAUUUCCACUUUUAGAAAGUGUCUAGAAGAGUUGAAUAUACAAAUUAAGAAUAUUGAAUCGAUUCCAAGGGAUUCACGUAAACCAACUCCAAAAAUUCAAAAUAAAUAUUUGAAAACUGAUAUAUUGACAGGAUUGAAUUCGGCGAUAUAUUAUAUUACGAAAGAUAAUCAUCCUAAUGAUAUCGAUAGCAUUUCUGAUAUUCUAUAUGCUGCUCAAUGUGCGUAUUUAUCUCUAACCAUGAGAGACAAAGCACAGAGCACAUGGGUAGAAAAUAUUGAAAAGAAAAUUUCAAAAUUAUCUGCAGAAUUGGAAGUUGUUAAUUCCCAUUCCAAUCAAACACUACCUCCAUCUGAAAAGCAAAAGGUAAUGGAUGUUCUCUGUCGCUAUGGGUAUAAGAAAACUAAGAAAGGUGAGCUGUCGAGGAUUCAGAUAUUAUUGCAAGACCUGAUUAGGAUUAACAAUAAGAAAAUAGAAGUUCAUAAUUCAAGGAAGCAAUUUCGUAAGGAUAAUCAGUGCUUUGAAUUAAAUCGAAAAAGAUUCUAUCGAGACUUAACAAAGAAAGAGGAAGUGACGCUGUAUGGAUUUGAUGAUGAAGAAUGUGUCUCUUUUUGGCAAAAAGUCUGGAGCGAGAGAAAUGAGAGGCCUCAAUCUUAUGACGUUGUUGGAAAACGAACUACUUGUGCUGAACAUAUGCUUCCAGAGUUUACGGAAGAGUUUUUUGGAAAUGUUAUUAAGUAUCUUCCUGACUGGAAGGCAUGUGGAUGUGAUGGGAUAUAUAACUUUUUCAUUAAGAAGAUGGAGUCAUUACAUGGAUUUCUGUGUCACGAGAUAACCCGAAUAAUUAAUGGAGAGUACAUGCCUGAAAGUUGGUUUUACACUGGAAUAACAUAUUUGAUUCCUAAAAAAGAUGAUUGUGAGACCCCGAAGGACUUACGUCCUAUAACGUGUAUGCCGACAUUGUAUAAACUUGUCACCAAAUGUGUUAAUGUAAAACUGGCUGAUUUUGUCGAGGCAUUUGGCCUAAUUUCAGACAACCAACUUGGAACGAGGAAGUAUUGUCAAGGCGCCAAGGAGCAAGCUCUCAUUAACCAAUGUUUGAACAAGGAGUACGGGAAUGGCCUUUAUUCUGCUUGA